CCAGACAUGCGGCCAGCUAAGCCAGGAGCCCCACUGUCCACGCUUCUCCUGCUCGUUCUGGUUUUGCCCCUGCCGGGGGCCCACGGGAGGCCCCGGAGUGGCAGGGGAGCAUAUGCCCCGGAGCAAGAACCCAAGUCGUGGCUUUUCCUCCCCGCGGCCAGAGCCGGCAGGGCACCCAACGCCUCACGGAGCACCGAAAUAUUCCCAAGAGAUUUGAAUUUAAAAGACAAAUUCAUAAAACAUUUCACAGGGCCAGUCACAUUUUCAGCUGAAUGUAGCAAACAUUUCCAUCGACUCUAUCACAACACUAGGGAUUGUUCAACACCAGCUUAUUACAAGAGAUGUGCUAGAUUGCUAACAAGAUUAGCAGUAAGUCCCUUGUGCUCACAGACCUAGAAGACUUUCCCUAUGAGCAUUUCUUAAGAAUGUAAAUUUGAUUUGAAGAAAAAAGUGCCUGGAAUCAUACUAACUGUAC